GUCAUUUGUGUUAUGCACGUGCUUUGGUCUAAUGUUUACUUCGCUCGCUCAUAGAUUAAUUUUUUAAACAAGUUCCUUCAAUCUGGAUAAAUUAGCGCAAUGAAAUUUUCUUAUAAAUUUUCAAACCUUCUAGGGACAGUGUAUCGCAGUGGUAAUUUAUGUUUUACUAAAGAUGGCAAUUCAAUUAUCAGUCCAGUGGGUAACCGACUGACUAUCUUCGACUUAAAAAACAAUAACACCAAAACACUAUCACUAGAAAGCACUUUCAAUUAUACAUCGAUUGCCUUGUCGCCGAAUGGCAGCCAAUUGAUAGCCAUUAACGAAAAAGGAGAGGCUCAACUCAUUAGCUUGCUCUCAUGUGCUGUAAUACAUAGGCAUAAAUUCCAGAAUAAAGUACGUCACGUGAAGUUUAGUCCCGAUAGCUUGCAUUUUGCAGUAGCUAAGGAAAAUAUCGUCUUCAUAUUCAAAGCUCCCGGCGAGUUAACUGGAGAAUAUAACCCUUUUGUUCUUGAAAGGCAUUAUCUUGCAGCAUAUGAUGAUAUUACAUGGUUAGACUGGUCUUCUGAUUCAAGGUUCCUCGCUGUCGGAUGUAGAGACAACUCAACAAAAAUAAUUGCCGUGAAAAAACUACAAAAUUUUCGAACUUUCAUUCUCGGAGGUCAUUCUGAGCCGAUUGUGGGAUGUUUUUUCGAGAAGGGUUGUCUUGAUGUUAAUACUUUGAGUAAGAAUGGGCAACUAUGUAUAUGGAAAUGCAGCCUGAAUUAUUCAGACAUAGUAUCGGAAGAGCACCCAGUUAAUGAGGAACCCAAAGAAAAGCGAACCAAGAACAAAACAAACCUUGAAAAUAAGUCUGAUGAAGAUGAUGAUGACACUGGUGAAAACGAUAUCGAACAGGCCGUUGAAAGUAAUAAUUAUGACAAAGUCCCUGAAAAAGACGAAAAUGAAAUCAUAGACGAGGAUAAAAAAAAGAAACACCCAUUUUAUUACAACAAGCUUGGAAGGCAUUAUUUGGCUGACGAACCUCGCAAAGAAAAUCGUGAUGCUUAUGUAACGGCGGCAACAUAUAAUCAAAAUACAAAAAUAUUGGUCGCAGCAUUCUCAACUGGCAGUUUUUAUCUGUACGAACUGCCCGAGGUCAAUAUGAUUCAUUCGCUGAGCAUUUCCGAUUAUGCCAUCACUUCGGCUUGUUUCAAUCCGACUGGCGAUUGGCUAGCUAUGGCUUCGGCAGGUGGUGGUCAGUUGUUAGUUUGGGAAUGGCAAAGUGAACAAUACAUUAUGAAGCAGCAAGGACACAGUAGCGAAAUGAGUUGCAUCACUUACUCCCCGGAUGGACAAUAUAUAGCUACCGGCGGACAAGAUCAUAAACUAAAGCUGUGGAAUACAUUAAAUGGAUUUUGUUUUGUAACAUUUAGUGAACAUACUAGCAGUGUAACCGGUGUCCAGUUUAGCAGGAACAAAAAGUUUUUGGUCAGUAGUUCGUUGGACGGUACGGUUCGAGCAUAUGAUAUCAUAAGGUAUCGAAACUUUCGAACAUUCACUUCACCUCGGCCAGUGCAGUUUGCUUGCGUAGCCAUUGAUUAUUCUGGAGAAUUGAUAGUUGCUGGUGGACAAGAUGUUUUCGAAAUCUAUCUUUGGUCAGUUAAGUUAGGAAAGUUAUUAGAGAUCAUUAGUGGACACGAAGGCCCUGUUACAGCGAUAGCAUUUUCACCCACUCCCACUUCAUCUACUUUGAUUUCCGGAUCUUGGGAUAAGACGAUAAAAAUAUGGAACUGUUUAGAAAGCAAUAGUGACCAUGAGACGAUAGAUUUAUUGUCCGAUGUCACAUGUGUUGCAUUUAAACCAAAUGGAGAAGAGGUUGCAGUAGGGACACUUAAUGGCAAUAUAACAGUAUUUGAUGUUAAAACCACAACGCAAGUAGCAUCGAUUGAAGGUAGGAAUGAUUUAGGAAGUGGCAGAUCGGAAGUCGAUAUAAUAACAGCAAAGAAGAACUUAAUGACAAAAUGUUUUAAGUCUAUUGAGUACUCUGCAGAUGGGGAGUGCAUUAUUGCUGGAGGAAAAUCACAGUUUAUUUGCAUAUAUCACGUUAAAGAAGGAAUGCUCCUAAAGAAGUUUUCUAUAACAAAAAACAGAAGUUAUGAUAGUUUAGAUGAGUUUAUAGAUCGCCGUAAAAUGACUGAAUUUGGUAAUAUGGCCCUAGUAGAACAACGUGAAGAUCUUGAAGGUGGAAAUGUAAUGAUAAGAUUGCCAGGUGUACAAAAAGGCGAUAUGGCAUCGAGAAGCUUUAAGCCAGAAAUAAACGUGUAUUGUGUUAGAUUUUCACCAACUGGACAAUCCUGGGCUGCGGCUUGCACCGAAGGUUUAAUGGUUUAUUCCUUAGACAAAGGUGUUGUUUUCGAUCCAUUUGAUUUAUCUAUUGAAGUAACACCAAAAGCAACAAUUGAAAGUCUUAAAGAUAAAGAGUAUUCAAAGGCAUUAAUUAUGUCACUGAAGCUCAAUGAAAUAAAUUUAAUAACUUCAGUAAUUGAAGGAAUCCCUAUUAGUAAUGUUGAAUUGGUGUGUUCCACACUUCCAAACGAAUAUGCUCACCGAACUCUACAAGCAGUUACUGGGCUUUUACGAAAAUCACCUCAUAUCGAAUUCUACUUAAGAUGGGCCUGCUGUUUGCUGACUCAACAUGGAAACAAAGAUAAUGUUUUUCAACAUCACUCAUUGUUAGGAUUGCACGAAAGUCUCUCGAGGAAAUACGAAAUGUUAAAUAAAAUGUGUGACUUUAAUAAAUAUACUCUGAGUGCUUUGUUAAAAGUAGGAGAGAUGCGAAAAAAUAAGACUGGUGCUCAGGAAAAUGAAUUAGCGGAAGAAGAUCACGAUGACGACCUUGAUGACAAUAUGAUUUUGUUGAAGACCAGCAAUAACUUAGAAAAAGACGAUGAUUUUUCUGAAUACGAUGAUGAAGAUGAAGAAAUGAGUUCAAAUGACGAUUAAAUAAUUUUAAUUCUCAUAUUACAUAUUUUGUUAAAUAAAAUAAUAUUUUUUUAAUAUAACUAAAAUUAAUUUGUUUAAAAUAACUACAGGUUUGCUUUGAAUUUACUUGUUAUUGAAUCAACACGCAAUCAACCUAAAUCAUUGAUGUUCCCUUAUGAAUCUCUAGAGUCGAAAAACAAUCUUCUUAAACCAUUAAACUGUAUUUCUGUAUGAAAUAUGUUUAGAUUUAAAAAUAUUUAGAUUAAUUUCUAACAUUUUCUGCAACUAUUAUGACUUACAAAUGUUCUUAACUGCAAAAAUAAUAUUAUUUUAUGUUUGCGUAGUUUAGACAUACAUAUGUAUUCUUAAAUAUUGAAAUGUAUCACCUUUGCUAGCUGUGUCUUUGAUCUGAAUCAUAAAUAUUUAAAUGUCAAAAGUCAGUCUGACUCUCACGGCCCAAUUCUUCAAAGCACUAAACUCGUUUUUGCUCGUAUAAAAUAAAUCUUUCAUAAAUAAUUUAAAAUUAAAUAUAUUUUCUUUUAAAUAUAUGUUAACAAAAUUAUAAAUCGAAUUUACAAUGAAAUUUAACAUAUUUUAUAGAUAAUGAGAAUGGUAGUGUUUAUUUUUAUUUAAAUUUCAAUUUUUUAGACUUAGAUUUGUAGCUAUAAAAUAAACUAAAACUUAACUUAAGAUUUAGACUUAAAAUUUAAUUUAGGUAUUGAAUUUAUUUCUUACACAUAAAAAUGAACUUCAAAUUUAUUUGGGAAUAAACGAAAUAUCUACAAAAAGUAUGCAUACAUAAGAAAUUUUAGUUCAUAGGAUGUCCAAAAUUAUGCAUUCAUUGUUGAGUUAGUUGUACUGAGUACCAAGACAGUGUGGUACCAAGGUGAGAUAAAAAGUUUAACAUGAUUGCUAUAUACAUUUUAUAAUACAUAACAACGCUUUGAUGCGUUUUUUGAUACUAAUUUGUUUUUUCAAAUAAUUGUGCUUGGUUCAAAGAAGUGUUUUAACAAGUGUUGAGUUGUGAUUAUAUGUACAUAUUCUAUCCGCAAAAGCGAUUUGUGUAAAAUGUUAAUAUAUAUACCUAUAUAAAAUAAUGUUUCUAUGUGAAUAAAAUGUAUUUAUAGAAUAAUUAAAAAACAAGCAAGUAUGUAUAACCAUGCGUUCGUGUAUAUAAUCCUUAACAAUUAUUUUUUAUUAUUUUUAUUAUCAAUUUUAAAGCACCAGUUUAACUUCUUAUUCUAUAGAAAGUACUUACAUGGGCGAUUUUGUCUUUUUUGAAAAUUAAAACAAGCAAAACUGAAAAUAUGUUUAGGCGGUGCUAGACCCAUAGUAAAUUAUUUUGAAAAAGUUAAUUGGAAGGGGUUUAUUGGUUUGGUCUUAAUGCUGUAUUGAAUGGAUUUGUUUUGAGUUUAA